UCAUACACACACUCACACAUCGGACUCCGUGUGACUUGGUCGUGUCGUGUUGACCCGCGCGCCUGUUUACAUUCUGUACACAGUGACUCCACGGCAUACACCCGUGUCUGUGAUUUAAUUUUUUAUUUAAUAUUAACUAGCUAUUAGAUAGUUCUAAAUCACUCAAUAUGGCCAACAACAGAGCUGCCAAGUCUGGAUUUGCUGCCGAAGCACAGAGAAAGAUCAACAGCAAAUACAGCGAAGAGCUAGCCCAGGAGUGUCUAGAAUGGAUCCAGGCCAUUAUCGGCGAGCCUACCAACACCUCCGGUGACAUGGACAACUUCUACGAAGUACUUAAGGACGGCACUAUUUUGUGCAAGCUCGUGAACGACAUUCAGCCUAACAUUGUGAAGAAGGUGAAUGUUUCGAAGAUGGCGUUCAAGUGCAUGGAGAACAUCAACGCUUUCCUAGAGGCUGCGAAGACGUUGGGCGUGCCGGCGCAGGAAACAUUCCAGACUGUCGACCUGUGGGAGAGGCAGAACCUCAACUCUGUCGUCAUCUGCCUGCAGUCCCUUGGCAGAAAGGCCGGUAACUUCGGAAAGCCUUCAAUAGGACCAAAGGAAUCUGAAAAGAACGUGCGAAACUUCUCCGAAGAGCAACUUAGGGCUGGUCAAGGUGUGAUCUCUCUGCAGUACGGCUCCAACAAGGGUGCCACCCAGAGCGGCAUCAACUUUGGCAACACGAGGCAUAUGUAAACUUCAGCCAGGUUACAAAGGCAACACACUUCUCGCCACCCCACGCCAACUAAUUGGUCGGUAGGAUUUUAAUGUUAUGUAUUUCUCGGUCUACCAAUUCUGGCGUUGGGUGACACAGUUUCUGCCUCCAACGUAAAUGUACACCCGAUCUGUCAGAAAGGGAUGAUUCGCACCAGAAAGACCAAGCAAUCAACAAUUUGCUUCUUAUUCGACUUCUUAUUUAUAUUUGUGUAGGAUUUUUGACGAUGAAAUCUCGUAAUAUCUUAUAUGACUUACAAGAUACGCACAGUGUUCAGUCACUACAAAGCAACUUAGACUAAUAUUCUCACUAUGACACAAUCUCUUGAUGGAAAUCAUCCCUGAAACACACCUAAGUAAUAAUUAAUUAUACAUACAUAGUGCAGUACUUAUAUUAGAUUCAAUGACAUAAUGUUAGAAUAGAAAAGGGUCAUUCCUUUUAAAAAUCUCUUUUUGAAUCUCUAUUUUGGCUAUUAUUUCCAACUAAAUAAAGUUCUUAUUUCCUUGUAGAGUUAUUAAAAAGGACUUCGUGUCCUAAGACGAUGUUUCGAACCUAAAUGUGAGUUCUGAUUGACUGUAACAAUAAUUUAAUUAUUGUUUAGAGAAUAUAGACAUGGAAGAAUAAAGACUACCUACUGUGGGAAUGAGACUUCCUAGUGUUGGAAACAUAAAAAAUAAGCAUUAAAGUGACAACUUCAUUCCAAAAUCAUUCCAGAAUUGUGUGCCGAAGUACUAUAAUUUAUAUUUUAAUAAGUUUAAGUCAUUUAAGUAGCAUUUGAUAUUAACUGGUUGUUUAAGUUAUAAACGUUUCGGCUUUGCUUCUAAAAUGUAAUAUAAAAUUGUGCCAAUGUUGUCGAACACACAAUUUUCUUGUAAUAAAAUGUUAUUAAAACAGUACAAUUAUUAGAAUUACAAAUUCUGUUAUAGUAAUACUUGUGCCUUCGAACUCCCUGGGGGUUAAGAGACUAUGUGUAAUGUUUUAAAAGGUGUCUAACAAAAUAUGUAUGUAUGGCUUUCGACUUACAAUCAGGGUUUCCUUCUAUUUUUAUUAUUAUUUAUUGAAAUAUUGAAAUUUAAUCAUUCCAUAUAUAUUUAGAAUGUUAGUACACACUGUGAUUAAUGAUUUUAUAAACAUUUCUAUACUAUAUUUUCAUAUAGUUACGUAUAUAUUCGACGACGACGUGUAAUUCUAGUUAUGUAAGUUUCAUACAGCAUUUUCUGUGCUGUAUGGAAGUACGUAGAGUAUCUAAUAAAAUUAAGUAAACUAAA